UGAAUAAUUACGUUUUGAUCGUUCAUUUUUAAGCCAAUGAUAAUCAAAAAUCGUCAAAUCGGCCAUAUUUCGCCCCACAAAUGCCAAUAACCCAGUAAUAACCCCUCGGCCGGUCAUAAAAUAAAUAUCCCCCUCGCAAGUUUUUCAACCAACUGACAUCAAAACAAAUAUAACAGUAUCAGACAGUUUGCAUGGCAGUGCAGGAGGUAGAAAAUUGGGUGGCGUUGUAAUGACAGAAACUGGGCAAAAAGGCACUUAAAAUGGAUCAACAGUUCUGCCUGCGUUGGAACAACCACCCCACGAACCUCACCGACGUGCUGAGCAGCCUCCUGCGGCGGGAGGCCCUCUGCGAUGUGACGCUGGCCUGCGACGGGGAGACCUUCAAGGCGCACCAGACUAUCCUGUCAGCGUGCAGCCCCUAUUUCGAGACGAUAUUCAUCCAGAAUGCUCACCCCCAUCCGAUCGUUUUCCUCAAAGAUGUCAAUUACAACGAAAUGAAAGCGCUGCUGGAUUUCAUGUAUAAAGGUGAAGUGAACGUCUCACAGAACCUUCUACCGAUGUUCCUAAAAACGGCCGAGGCCUUGCAGAUUAGGGGCUUGACCGAUAAUAAUUCGUUAAGUAGUAAAAACGACGACGUAGCUGAAGUGCCAAGAAGGGAAAAGGAACGGAUCGAGAGGGACUCGCCGCCUAUUGAGAAACGAAAGCGGAAAUCGUCUUCAAACUGUGAUAAUUUGACGUCAAACUCAAUUUCAGAACGAUAUAAUGACUCUCAGGCAUCAUCUCAAAGCAACUAUAAAGCAAGUCCGACGCUGCCAAAGUUAAACCCUAUUUCGCCGGUCGAUAGAGAAAAUAUGAGCGCUGAAGACAUGAGGAUGUCGUCGCCGCAUAUUAAACAAGAACCUGUACACGACUCAAGCCCCCAUGUCGAUUCUUUUCAUUCGAUGUCUGAAGCUUUACAAACAACGAACACGUGGGGGAGAGACGUGAUCCUCGAAGUAUUACCACCAGCGAUUCAAAACAAACAAAAUUUCACAACGACGAGUCAGCAAUGUUCGGUGAUUCAGACGAUAUCGUCGCAAAAAAGAACGAACGUUGGGAGGAAAGGAAGUCGAUUCAGGAGCACAUGGUUGGAAUCGUACUAUUGGCUGCAAUACGACGAACGCGAAAAUCUCAUGUACUGCAAAUUUUGCCGAAAAUGGAGCUCCGAGAUACCCGAAAUACGUACCAGUUUUGCGGAAGGAAGCACCAAUUUUCGAUUGGAAAUCGUCAAUCAUCACGAUAAGUGCAAGGCGCAUAAGUUGUGCGUCGCGAAAGAAGGCGGAAGUGUAAGUGUUCAUCCGGAAGAUAUUAAAUUAUUGGGCCCCCAUUCGUUAUCAGAUCAAACGGAAUCAGAUGGUACUCCACCCAUACCUCCACCGGAAGCAACAGAUACUAUAGAUGCAACGUGGCAGGAACAGGGACAGGCGUACCAUCCUUCAUCUUUCUACCCGCAAGAGUCGCAAAUACCGACGAUGAUCGUUGAGACACGCGCGCCCGCAUCCGAUUAUUGCGAGAUGUUCGACAAGAUAUCGGAUUCGCCUAGUCUGUACACGUGUUCAAAAACCUGGCACAUGCGGCUAACGUUUGACAAGCUGCCAGGUGGCUGCAACCUGCACCGGUGCAAAUUGUGUGGGAAAAUAGUGACGCACAUACGCAACCACUAUCAUGUGCACUUCCCGGGCAGGUUCGAGUGUCCCCUGUGUCGAGCCACGUAUACACGCAGCGACAAUCUGCGCACUCAUUGCAAAUUCAAACAUCCGCGCUACAAUCCCGACACCAGGAAGUUCGAAGCACCCACGAUUACCAAUGACACGACGGCCGAUUGAUUUUGGCUCAACUAUUAUCUGUUGUACUACAGGGCCUUGGCCUCAUCCUAGCCACCAACCUUCUAUUCUAGCUAAUUCAAGUACCUUAUUAAAACAAAUGCAUUGAGAAAACAAACAAAUGAAGAGCAGUCACCGAACUGCCAUCUAUCUACAAUACUAAAGACUUAAAUUAUUGCACAGGAUAAUUUCCUUGGACCAUGUAAUCUAGUGUUUCAUUUCUAAUUAAUUCGAGCUACGACUGAAAUCUCGGCAAGGUAUUAUUAAACGCAGUGUAGGAGAAAAAUAACGGUACUAUAUUCAAACUAUUCAUACUAAAAGCCAUUUCAAAAUGUCUACCCUCGAUCACCUCCAAAGUUAGUUGUUUUAUUGAACUUGUCAGUGUUGCCAACGCUUCUCUCGGACAAUUUGAAAUGAUUUUAGCCUAGUAUAUAGAUAGUCUUUUUAAACAUUUUGUACCAUUUUCGUGCAAGCAUAUUUUAAAACCUGUCACCGUUUGAACCUUGACUUUCGACCAGUAAUUUCUAGUCUCGUAGGUCACCGAAAAAAAAAUCCGUACUUCCGGCACUUUAAAAUGUGUUUGCAUCUAAAUGAUGUCAUCCUGCAAAAUAUUACGACCUAAGAUUGUAAAGAUAUCUGUGAUGUUAUAUAUGAUGUAAUAUACAGGGUUCCAAGCAAGGCUGACCUACUGUACUUAGGAAUCAAAAUUGCCCACUUAUACUCACAAUUGAUACGGUAGAUUAGUUUUGUAUGGAACAUGGAUUGAAAAAAAAUUACAUAAUUUUAGAAACUUUGUGCAAUCGUUUUAAAAUUUUCUAUUUAUAGUGGCAUUAAGUACCCGGCGAUCCCCUGUAUAUGUAUAACUUAAUUUAAAAAUUAUAAAAAACGAAUAAAAAAAAGAGACUCACGAUAUUAUAAAUAGCUUAUGCCCGUCCGUUUAAAAUGGGUUUGCAUUUUAGGAUUUUCAAUGUAGAGCGAUUACAAGUCAAAUCUUUUUUGUAUUAAAACUAUUUAUCUUAUUUAAAUAUUGCCAAACUAACUAGUUGUAUAAUUUAAGUGCAAUUUUAUUAAAUAACUUUGAUAUUACCUCAUAUUCUCAACUUUUACAUUUAAUGUAGAGAAUCUCUUUUUUAAAUUUUGUACCUAUUAUAAGGUAUUGGCGGCCUUUGAAUAGUUAAUUAUGUAAGUAAAAUAUUAACUAAUUUUAGGAUUAUUUGUUUGUGGAACAAACUAUUUAAUGAUCUGUAAACAAAAACUCAAAAAGCUUCUGUCCGUAAUUUUUACAGGAAUGGAUCAUUUCUAUUGAAUUUCGUGAUAUGGUACCUUAGUUAUAAUAAGUUGGUUCAAUUUGGUGUUACAGGUGUGGUGUUUAAUAAGGGUAUUUGUUUUUUUUUAAGAAGAUUUGCUUAUAAUAUAUUCACAAAUGUUUAUUUUAUGAUAUAAACCUAGUGCAUUAACUUAGGUAAGAGCAUGUUUUUUUAAUUCUUUUAAAAAAGCGAAACAUUUGUUGUUAGUUUUUAUAAUAAUAUACUAUAUACUAAAGAUUUCUAUAAUAUAUUGGCAUUAAGAUAAAAAAAAGUUGGGUGAGCAACUAGAAUGAUUGUGAUAAUAUAGGUUUGGUGCUAACAACCUUGUACUAUUUGAAAUAAAAUAUGAAAUGUGCAAUAUUUAGUUGUAACUGUUUUGUUGUUGUACUAUCCUUGAAUUUAGAAAAAAGAGAAUCAUGUACAGUUUGUAAAAGGCGUUAGUGUAUAUUGUGGUUUCAUAAAAAUAAUUUUGUUAUUGUUGAUUUUAGAAUUACAAUAUUUGCAACGAGUUAUUUUUAUAAUUAAUUGUAAAAAUCGAUUUAAUAAGGUUGCGGUUUCGGAGAAAAAUCAUUUUAUAAAUAUAUUGUACGGCCUAAUCGGCGCUAAAAGAACAAUUCGCAUUUUCUUUAUAAAAAUUGUCUAAUAUGCUCAAUGAUCAAAUAUCUUGCUUAAUAUCAUUUUCACCACCGUUGAGUGUUACUUAAAAUUCAUUAGUUUUUAAGUGAUGUAAAAGUAAAACAUUAUUUAAGAUUGAUAUGCAUUCAUUAAGGCAUUUAUUAUUGUAUUUUAUUAAUUUUUAUUAAAAAUGGUGUGUUUUAAAAUCGUACGUUAUUUAAUCCCUUGUGCCGUAAUAUGCUACUAAUGUCGAGUAUCUAGUGUCAUGCUUUUGUAACGUUGUAAUGGCACUACGACACUUUUCGUGUCGUAUAGAGCAUGCUAGAAGUAGCACAUCAUUGGAAAUCCGAAUAUUUUAAAACCGGUAAUGAAAGAUUGUCUUUUAUUCG